AUGCUGGCGGGGUGGGGUGAUGUAGUCAAGAAAGUAACCAUCUUCGGCGACACCCUCGAAUCCCUCUUGGGCCUCCCCGCCUCCUCGUUCCACCACCUCCAUCCACCCAGCGCACACGCAGCCGUCCACGCCAUCCUCUCGCAUAUCAUUCUCGGAUCCCGCUUGAGCGUAUCCGUCUCGCCCCGGUACAUCACAGACCUCGUCUCAAAACCCACAUCGAAGGAUACCGCCCUGCGCGCCCUGGAUGAUGCGCGGACGGUUGGGGAGUUGGUUGCGGGGCUUUCGUCGAAGGAGGGGAGAGAGGCAAGGGAAGUUGGGCUGGUGCCGGGGGAGCUGGUGGUGGGGGAGAUCGGGAGCGUAUUGGGUGUUUGUGGGACGGUUGUCGGGAUGUUGGCGGGGGAGGUCAAGUAUGAGGAGGUGCAGGAGGGCCUUCUUCACGGCGAACCGAGCAGGGAGGUGAAUGAGGGCUUCACUCAAAGCCUCCCUGUUUCGGACAUGUACUUUGCGGACGACUUUGAUGCCCACCUUGAGGACGUAUCAGCGGGAUACGUCACGACCAUCCCCCCGUUCGAGUUCGAGGACAUCACCCUUGAAACGUUAUGCGGCUGGGCUCUUCCCUCCAACCCACCACUUACUUUCCCUCCACCCCCCUCUGACCCCGAAACCGACUCCCCACCCCCCCACCACGAAGACCCGGAUAUCCCAUCAUCCCAACUCUCCCUCAUCGAACCCAUGUGCCCCAGUUCCAACAUUCCGCCUACACAAUCCAAUACCCAGCAAACCCUCACAACCCUCCUCGGAGACCUCUCCUUCGACGAGUUCACGGGUACAUGGCGGUCUCCAUCACAACCGACCACCCAUCCCUCCCGCACCACCGUUUCAGAUCCGAAUGAAGAGGCGGAUAUAGCUGCGUUAUUCGAAGGUCUGACGUUCCAAGACAGUGAUUUUGAUUUUGAUAUGGAUUUGGAUCAGAUGGAUGAGAACGGGGUCGGGGGUGAUGAGGAGGGAGGGGGUUCGCAGGAUGAGAUGGUUGCGAGUGCGGCGGGUGCGCAUGGGCUUCGUAGUCGGCGGGUGGACGAGGCUGAGAGACCCCAGAACCUUGUUGCAACCGACGUGUUGGACGAUGACUCGGAUGACGAGUUGAUUGAGCUGCUGGAGGGACUUUCUGUUUACCAAAUGCUGUGA